AUGCCUUCUUCAAAAUCGAAUUCUGACGACAAUCUUAUCGGCGGAGGAAUGGGCGGGUACACGUUGAAAACGGAUAUGUGUUCGUCCACUAAAAGCCGCCAGCUAACGCGCGCAAGGAAGUUGCGGCAUUUGACGGAUAACGACGUGGAGCUUUGGCGAACGCCUACCCAUUGUGUCAAUUCGCUCUCUCAGCCGUGCCCUCAGCCGCUGCCUCUGCCUCUUCCGGAAGUUCAGGUUCUGUUGCGACAUGAUGUAAAGUUGAAUGGUUCCGCUACUAAUUCGUAUAAUCUGCCCUCGCCCUACGACGCGCUUAGUAAUGUUGGUCACAGAGGUGGUGGUGGAGGUGAAGAGAGGAAUAUAGAAAGGGAGAAAUCCAAGGCGUUAAAUGCAUAUGCUAUUGAUGGACCCAAUAGGCUUAAUAGAUUAGAUAGCCAAGAUGCUCAGAUGAAUGCAGCUCGUACUGAAAUGCGGUCAUCUGGGAAAUCUUCUUGGGCAGAAAAUGGCUUGGAAAGAUUGUUAAAUAACUGCAACAUCUAUAUUCCUGCAAGUGCUCCAAUUAGUCCUUAUUCAAGCCCCGGACCAAGCCCUCCAAGAGGUGGAAGUGAUUUUCUUGCAGCACAUUACCCGACUCCUCCAAGUGUUGUUCAAGCUUGGUCUGCACCAGAGGUGCCACAUUCAGAUUCAGAUGCAAAUCUUGGCCUAGGGUUUUCCUACCAAAUACCACCCCAAAAAGGUGCAUCAAGUGAUGACAGUUCUCCCAUCCAUAGUCCGAGGGAAAGUUCCCACCGACGCACAACAAGUGCUACUAGGCCUGUAUCAUGGCAUGAGAGCAAUUCUCAAGCCACUGUUCAUCACUUACCUCUUCCUCCAAGAGCUUCCUUGCCUUCACAGGCUACUCCAUUGUCCCCAAAACCAACUAGAACUGAAUUUCCAGGAUCUUGCAUGCCUUCACAGCCAACUCCAAUUUCCCUACUUGCACCUAAAUCUGAUUUUCCAGGAGCUACAUUGCCUUCACACCCAGUCCCAGUUAAACCAGAAUUGAUGCCUAUUAAAGGUCAAUGGCAGAAAGGAAAGCUUAUUGGGUGUGGGACAUUCGGAAGUGUGUAUGUAGCCUCAAAUAGAGAGACUGGAGCCUUAUGUGCCAUGAAAGAAGUUGAAAUUUUACCAGAUGACACAAAAUCUGCUGAGCGUAUGAGGCAAUUGGAACAGGAAAUUGAAGUGCUUAGCAAUCUGAAGCAUCCAAACAUUGUGCAGUAUUAUGGUAGUGAAAUUGUUGGCGACCGGUUUUAUAUAUACCUGGAAUAUGUUCAUCCUGGUUCAAUCAAUAAAUUCAUCCGUGACCAUUGUGGAGCUAUCACGGAAUCUGUAGUUCGCAAUUUUACUCGUCACAUUCUCUGUGGGCUGGCUUAUUUGCAUAGUACAAAAACCAUACACAGGGACAUCAAAGGUGCUAAUUUGCUUGUUGAUGCAUGUGGAGUUGUCAAGCUUGCUGACUUUGGGAUGGCUAAACAUAUGACUGGUCAAGCUGCUAAUCUUUCGUUCAAGGGUAGUCCAUACUGGAUGGCUCCCGAGCUCUUGCAGUCUGUGAUGCAGACAGAUGCUAGUUCUGAUCUUGCUUUAGCAGUUGAUAUAUGGAGCUUGGGCUGUACUAUAAUUGAAAUGAUGAAUGGAAAACCCCCUUGGAGUGAAUGCGAAGGGCCUGCAGCAUUGUUCAAGGUUUUAAAGGAGAAUCCACCAAUACCUGAAACCAUGUCAGCAGAUGGCAAAGAUUUCUUGCGCCGUUGCUUUAGAAGAAAUCCAGCUGACAGGCCAACAGCUAGCAUGUUGCUCGAACAUCCAUUUGUGAACCAGUUAGUUAAUGGAAUAACAUCAACGGACAAUAAAAAAUUUCAGCAAUCAACUUAUAAAUUCGAUCGAGUGCCUGUGUCCAAAGAUACAUGGACCACAAAGGGCAAACUGCAGGCUAUCAAUGAGACUAGCCAACGAGGUGAACGUGAAGUAUCCAAUUUAGCCAUGGUUCCACUUCUUUCUCGUUCAACUCUUGAGGCUCUUCCUAGUUUAUCACCAUUGUGCUUGGGCAAUUCAUUACCCCUAUGGUUCCAGCAUUCCAGCAAAUGUUCCUAG